AUGGCGAUUCAGGCAAUCGAAUCGAUGAAAUGGCAAAAGAAAUCGGAAGAAUCGUGGAAACAGCUGGAAUCACAUCGCAAGCGAGUGGAAGACGACCAACACUAUCACAAUCAAUGUAAUACCGACAAAGCAGAUAUGUCGAGGAUCCACAAUGAACUGUCUAAACUCCAAGAGGAACACCAAAGAGUUAAGCGAGAUUUCGACCAAUAUAUCUAUGAAAAUGAAGUUAUCAACUCGAAAUACGAAGAGUUGAAAUCUAGAUUCGAUCACCAAAAUAAUAAUAAUAAUUUAGAGGAACCACCAAUUGGUGGGGGUGGUGGUGGUGGUAAGAAAUCUAAUAUACCCAAUGUUAACAAAGAACCACCAGUUGGAUUGGAUACUGCAAAAGAACAUAAUUAA